CACAAUCGUCGAGCCAACAAAGCCUAUAAAAGAACACCGAUAUGCACUAUUUUCCCUUCCGGGAUCGUUUCCCUCUCCCUUCCUCUCUCUAUCGCCUAUCUCGGUCUAAGCCGGAGGAAAGCGCAAACACCUUCGCCACUAGCCUUAGCCGCCAUCGCCUACUCCGCUGACCUCGGUCGACUUUGCCGGUGUGGUUUUGAGUUAGAAAAGACGAAGAAGAAGGAAGUUGCCUUCAUUGGAACUUUUGCCAAAUGGGAGCGAGGAGAUUAUGGAGCCGAACUUGGAAAGGCGAGUGCACAUGAUUCUCAUGUCUUAAACGAUGCAUUAUCACGAUCCGAAGGACUUAAGAUUCCGGAAG